AUUAAACACGACAGAAAAGCAGGGUAGAGCAGAGAGGGUCAGAGAGAGAUUGAGAAACAGAGAAAUGGGGGGCUGGGCUAUUGCGGUGCAUGGUGGCGCUGGUGUUGACCCUAAUCUCCCACUCUCGCGUCAGGAAGAAGCGAAACAACUCCUUACGCGCUGUCUCAAUCUUGGCAUCUCUGCUCUUCGUUCCAAUGUUUCUGCCAUCGAUGUCGUCGAACUUGUGGUGAGGGAAUUGGAAACAGAUCCACUGUUCAACUCAGGCCGUGGAUCUGCCCUGACAGAAAAUGGGACUGUCGAAAUGGAGGCCAGUAUCAUGGAUGGCCCCAAAAGAAGAUGCGGCGCUGUCUCCGGCGUCACCACCGUCAAAAACCCCAUCUCGCUGGCACGCUUAGUCAUGGACAAAUCCCCACAUUCCUACCUCGCCUUCUCCGGCGCCGAAGAUUUCGCCAGGCAACAGGGUGUGGAGCUCGUGGACAACGAAUACUUUAUCACCCCUGAAAAUGUUGGUAUGCUGAAGCUGGCAAAGGAAGCAAAUGCAAUCCUGGUAGAUAUGAUGCAGUUUGAUUAUAGAAUUCCAACAAAUGGGUACGAGACAUGCGGUGCAGGGGUUGAGAGUCCAUUGCAAAUGAAUGGACUGCCAAUCAGCGUAUACGCGCCCGAGACGGUAGGGUGCGUGGUGGUGGACCGUGAGGGUAGGUGUGCGGCGGCCACAUCCACUGGGGGCCUUAUGAACAAAAUGAUUGGUCGAAUCGGUGACUCACCACUCAUAGGUGCUGGGACCUACGCGUGUGACGUUUGUGGGGUAUCAUGCACUGGGGAAGGAGAGGCAAUCAUACGUGGCACUCUGGCGCGUGAGGUGGCGGCUGUCAUGGAGUACAAAGGACUGAACCUUCAGCAAGCAGUGGAUUUUGUCAUCAAGCAUCGACUCGAUGAAGGGAAAGCUGGUCUCAUAGCGGUUUCCAACACUGGUGAAGUGGCUUGUGGGUUUAACUGUAAUGGCAUGUUUAGGGGCUGCGCCACUGAGGAUGGGUUCAUGGAGGUUGGAAUUUGGGAUUAGUCUACAGUUGCUGACUUAGUGGGGGGUUUUCUUUGUUUUUUCUUUGCUUUUGCUAUAGUUGGGGGGUGGGGUGGGGUUGGUUGUUUCGGUGCAACUCUUGUAAUGGUUGGAAGAGGGUCCUGGUUGGUCUUUUGUUUCUGAUGAAUAGAAAUGUGAAAUAAUAGUUGUAACUCUUUGUCUAUUUUGGUAAAUAAAAGCUCGUGACAGACCCUCAA